GAAAGCCUUUAUUGAAUAUCUCAGCAACUGUGUUUCCAGUGAAUGUAGCAGACUAGGAAGUAGGAACGUGGGCCUGAAGAAAAUGCUGUCCUCCUGGCUAAUAUACAUAUUUGUAUCUUUCUUGGUCUGUGAUGGAGUUGUAGCACAAGUGGAAAGUAAGUCAUGUUAUGCUAUUCUUUUCAAAUAAAAUUGGCAUUAGAUUAACUUGAAUAACUUUUAGAUUACAUCAAGGCUGCUGGCUGAAAGCCAAUCAUACUCUAGCUAGCGUCUUAUUGUUUUAAAUUAAGAAGAUAUGUUACGUCUUCUUUGAAUCAGAGAUAUCCACUCCACUAACUUCAUGAAUUGUUAACCAUUCCUAUGUUGGAGAUGUUACCUAUUGUUGUAGUUAGUCUUCACAUUCAGAGGCUGGAGAAGUAUGAACCACUCUCAAAUUCAUAGAUGGAACUGUGGAUGCACGGGCUGAUAGUCCAUGACAUGAAUUAACUAGUUGCAUUUUGAAAUGGCAUUGUUGUUUUUUUUACAACGACUCAAAUGUCAACAAAAACAUAAACAGUGGAGUAAAACAUCCUUAUAUUUUGGGUUAUGAUGAGGUGAAGACAGUUGUACUAGUUGCUGGAAAAGUGGAAGCAAAAAAAGAUUCAAUAUGUCUUCAACAUUAAAAUAGUUAUGUGGAAUUAGUCUGGGAUUUCAAAAUAUUAAUGUUCAUGGUAAAAAAUAAAAUAAGCAUUAUCUCACGCUCAAUUUCAUACCCAGGUUGUAUAGGCUAUGUAUAUGCUACACUAAACAUAGGAUAAAAUGCUGAUUGUAUACACCCACCCUUGCCAUGCCAGUAUGCACAGCAUUCAAAAAUAGAUUUUCCUCUCAUGGAAUUUUAUUCAUUUUUCUACUACAUAUAAUUGAAAUGUAGGUCUAUUUGCACUGCAAGGCAUCUUCGGAUUGGCCCUAGAGAACAGGUUGGAUGCCAUUGACAGAUUUAAUGCUUGAGAAAGAAGCAGGCAUUAGGAAUUGACUGCUUAAUCCCCCCCUCAUCACAUGUUAAACGAAAGGAGAAUAACCCUCCAUGGCAGUCAUGCUUCUUUUUCAGUCUAACCUUCAAAAAUCGGUCAUGAUGAGAAUACAGUAUACCCAUGCGCAAAUAACCCUUGUACCCUGACAAACCAUAUAAUGUGUAACAAUGACGUAGUGAGUUCUGGGCGUACUCUGCCCCUGGAAGGAAUCAUGCCCACUCACCCUGCCGGUCCUGACAGUGACUCCUCAGGAACCUCCCCAGCUCCUGGUUCAUCCUCACCACCUGCCCGUUGGACUGAGGCCGGUACCUGCAAGUGAGGCUGACCGUGACCCCGAGCUUCUCCAUGAAGGCCCUCCAUACUCGUGAUGUGAAUUGGGGGCCACGAUCGGAGACGAUGUCCUCCGGAAGGCCAUAAUGCCAGAAGACCUGCUGGAAGAGUGCCUCAGCGACCUGGAGAGCAGUGGGGAGACCAGGAAGAGGGAUUAAACGACAGGAUUUAGAAAAUCUAUCCACUACCACCAAAAUGGUGGUGAAACCGUCAGAGGAGGGAAGAUCGGUUACAAAGUCAAUGGAUAGAUGUGACCAGGGUCGCUGAGGCACGGGAAGCGGCAGGAGCUUCCCUGCUGGAGCGUUCCAGGGGGACUUGGUUUGAGCACAUAUGGAACAGGAGUUGACAUAGCGAGUGACGUCCUGCGCUAAGGUGGGCCACCGGUAUUUCCCAGAGAUAGUGUGAGAAAUACCUGGAUGUCCAGCGAUGACAGCUGUGUGCGCCCAGGUCAGCAGCCGAUCUCUAAUCCCUGUGGGAACAUAAAUGCGCUCCGGAGGACAAUUAGUGGGUGCGGGCUCCCUCUCCAGAGGCUGGCGGAUGUCCGCAUCAACGUCCCAGACCACAGGAGCUUCGACUCGGGAGGAUGGAAUUAUGGGCGCAUUCUGGACAGGACCCUCCCCCGAAUCGUAGAGACGGGACAGAGCAUCGGCCUUGGUGUUCUUAGAACCUGGGCGAUAGGUCAGCGUGAAGUCAAACCUUGUGAAGAAAAGGGCCCACCUUGCUUGGCGCGGAUUAAGCCUCCUCGCUGUCCGUAUGUACUCCAGGUUCCGAUGGUGAGAAUGACGAAUGGUUCCUUGGCUCCCUCCAGCCAGUGUCUCCACUCCUCUAAUGCCAACUUCACCGCCAGGAGCUCACGAUUACCGACGUCGUAAUUCUUCUCUGCAGGGGACAGUUUCUUCGAGUAAAACGCACACGGGUACAACUUCCGGCAUUCGGGUGACCAGUCUGUAAUUCUCAUUCUCGACCAUGAGAUGGUAGGGUUGUGGCGUUGAAGCCAAGGGAGGCCGAGGAUGAUCUUGUGGACUGGUGCACUGGUAAUGAAGAAGGGAAUGUUCUCCUGAUGAAUGGACUCCACGGUGAGGGUGAGUGGUUGAGUGAUGUGGGUGACGGUUCCAGAUCCAAAGGCCGACUAUCCAGGGCUUGAACCGGAAAAGGAGAGGAGAGUGGGUAUGAGUUGAUGUUAAGAGAGGAGGCAAGGGUCUGGUCAAUAAAGUUCCCAGCGGCACCGGAAUCCACAAAUGCUGUAGACUCAGUACAUGAGGGACAGUCAGAUAGUGUAAUGGACACCAAAAAGAGCCUAGUAGACAGUGAUGAAGAUGGAAUACUCACUCCUGCCCUAGGGGGUGGAAGAUCACGUGACUGUCCCUCUGCUCUUGUGGAUCCCGGAUUCGGACAUGCCAGACACCUCUGGAUCUUGUGCCCACCUUGUCCACAGUACAGAGAGCCCCAGCUGUAUCCGUCUGUGGUGCUCUGCCGCAGGGAGACGAGUGACCCCUACCUCCAUGGGUUCAGACUCUGAUACCGAGUGUUCACUGAGGGAGGGAGAGAAGCGAUGACAGUACCAGCGCUCCCGAAGUAGGUUAUCCAGACGGAUGGCCAUCGCAAUUUUCUUCCACGGUGAAGUUGUCGUCUCGACAGGCCAGUUCUGUCUGGACCUCUUCACACAAACCUCUUCUAAAUAGCGUACGAAGCACCGGCUCAUUCCAUCCACUGGAUGCUGCUACUGUCCGAAAGGUGAGCACGUACUCAGCAGCCGUCUGGUUCCCCUGCCGUAAUUGCAGUAGCCGCUCACCUCCCUCUCUGCCCUCCAGGGGAUGAUCAAAAAUACAUUUAGCCAUGAACCCCUCAUAAGAAUCAAGCUCCUCCUCUCCUCUCUCCCAGACGGCCGUAGCCCAUUCCAAUGCCCGCCCAGUCAGCAGAGAAUUCACCGUGGCAACCUUGGACCUCUCGGUGGUGGAAGCUCCCCUCUGAUGCGUAAAAUAUAGGGAGCACUGAAGUAGGAAGCCACAGCAUUUGGAUGGUGUACCGUCAUAUUUAUCCGGGAGGGAUAAAUGGGCAUCGCUGACCUGAGCGGGUUACUGAAUGGGCUGAUGUGCUGGGUCGACUGGUUGUAGAGUAUCCUCCGCUGGAUGAAGGCAACUCCUCCUGGGUGUGUUCGAGACGUUGCACACUGUGAAGAACCUCCUCCAUAGCCGAUCCCAGUUGUGCCAGCUGGUCAUGGUGUUGACGUAGAAGAUAACCCUGUUCAUCGACCGUCUGAGAGAUAUUCUAAUUUCCUGCUGCUUCCAUGGUUGGAGUCGGUAUUCUGUAGCAAUGACGCUGUGAGUCGAGAAGCAGGUGCAGGUGAAACGUUUAAUAAAACAACAAACAUGAAACGAGACAGCGUAACAGUGGCGAUAUAGCAUGGACACAGGAACAAUACCGACUGAGGACUAAACGUAAGGGAGGGACAUAUAAAGGGGAGGUAAUGAGGAAGGUAAUGGAGUCCAGGUGUGAAUCACAAUGAUCUGCAGGUGCGCGUAAUGAUGGAUGCCAGGUGUACGUAAUGAUGAAUCCCAGGACCGGUGGUUAGUAUUCCGGCGACGUUGCACGCCGGAGGGGAGGAGCAGGAGUAGACGUGACAUCAUGUGUUGGAAUAUUCAACAGAGAGAGAUAAGAGACAGGUGACAAUUCAGGAGGUAUGGACAGACAGAGAGACCAGAAAAGUAGACAAAAAGGCUGUAGAAAGGAAGGGGAGCAAGAGAGUAGAAAGUGAAAAAGUCAAGUGUAAUACACAAGCAGUGAGAACAACCAGUACCCUAUUUGGAGAUUAGCUAAGCAGUGCCACAAUAGUUGUUUUGUGUGAGGAUCUGGCCUGGCUUGUUUUUGGUAUAUGUUGUGGAUUGAAGGUGUCAAUUCUCAGAGGUACAUACAAUAGGUGUAACCACAUCGUCACUGGUCCCUGUGCGAGAUUUAUCAGUGGGCACUCAACAGAAAUCAGAACAGCAGAACUGGAAAGACAUUCACACUUACGGUUGGCCAACUCAUAAAACAUUUUAGAAAAAGGCUGUGCUGUUAUCCUUGCAAGGUGAGGUAUUGAAUGGUAUUGAAAUAUUUUUUACCCCUACCUUUUUGAGAAAAAUAGUAUUACUUGUUAAACAGAAUCUCUUUCUCUGAGCAAUUGUAUUAGUAUAAAAUAAUAUAAUUUAAAAAAAGAAAUUGAGCAUAAAAUAUAGCUCAGUAUUCGGACCCCACUGUAUGUAAAUUAACCUAUAUAACAGGUUGUGGAUAGCCUGGGAUGAUAAUGCUGUAACAUCUAUUUCCUCUCUCAGAUCGCGUGGUUUUCCUGUUUAACACCUUUCAGAAUGUGAGUAUGAAUGAGAACGAGACGGUGCAGGCAGUGGUCUCCAGAAUCCCCCCUGAAGUGGCCUUUAUCACCCUCCAGUUCCACACACAGCACAGCAAUGCUACGCUGUCCUACAACAGGGUAAGACACUGGCUCACGUACAAACACACAUGCUCACAGUAAAAUAGAUUUAUGUAAUAGUCUAAUUCAGGUCAGUGUUCAUUCAUUCAAUAUUGCCUAUUACCAUAUCAAACACGUGCGUACGUACGAACAAACACACACACACAUAACCACACGAUUGGCACUGAUUGGUCCACUGACUUUUGGAGGGAAGUCAGAUGAUGUGCAACCAGACUGGUUGCACAUCAUGGGAGGAAGGCGGGGCAUGAGGCAAGGGUAAGAUGGGUUGACCAAUCCUGGCCUUGGUCCCAGAGAACCUAAGGGUUGGGUGAAAAAACAAUCGCCUAUUUCCCUAUCACACACACACCGUUUCUACUGACCCACUUGUGGCGGAGUCUUGUGAGAUUUGCAGACACUCUGACUGAGUAGAGCUGUCAUGUGUUGGGCUGGUCACAAGCUCUUUGGUCUUGACGGAAACCUUUGUGAAUGCCUUUCCCUCUUACUACUGAAAACACUUUGAACUAACUCAAAGUAGUCCUAAAUUAAAGUAGUCUAAAUUAAAGUAGUCCUAAAUUAAAGUAGUCCUAACUCAUAGUGGGAAUAGGCUAAAGCAGUAAACAUGCUCUGACUGUAGUGAGGUCAACAUGAAAACUGGCCCCAACUGUUAAGGGGCAAAUGUACCAAACACAGCAUAGACAGGUAAUGAGUGUCAGCUGGAAGUGAAUAUCACCACAAGUCGUUCUUUCUCCACUGUCUAAACCAUCUGGCAGAUAUAGCCUACAGCUAUGUGAGAACAGAUGGUCAGCCGGGCGACUGUGCACGUUUCAGUAGUACUUUACAUUACAAUACGGAGGAAUAAAGCAGUAAUAACAUGGUGGUAGUAUGGUAAUUACUACGUUAGAGUUACUCACAAUGGAGACAUUAUUUGCCAGGAUACGGAGAAAAUUGAGAGUAACUGAAACCUUCAGGCAAAUCAGUGCAUUCAGUGCAUUGUAAUCAACUAAAGAUUGACUUAGAGCUUUAGAACAUGGAUCUUCAUGGGAUUUCAGGCUUUGUUUUUGUGACCGAUUUGGAUAGAUUAGGGAUGUGUUGUUGGCUGACUAUUUGAGUGAUUUUCUGGUUGUCUGGUUGUCUGGUUGACUGACAGCUGCAUUCCUUCCUACUUUGGGCAGAUGCCAGGGCUGGGCCUCUCUCUAACAGCGGUAGACUCAGGCCUUCUCUCACCCCUGAUCCCCGGUCAGACCACGCUCUCCUGGUUCCUGCUGGCCGCUGAUGGGGACUCUGUGUCCGGCACGGGGGUUAUCCUCCCCUACACCAGCUCUGGUAUGUAUGCCCUUCCAUCAUCCAUCUCCGCUUCCCAAAAUAAUACACCAAUUCCUCUACAGUUUUAGGUGACUUCCCACUACCUGUCAAGGGGCUAUGUUGCCUUACAUCACUGUUAGCAUUCCAGGAUAUUUUACCUCUCACUACUCACCCUCAAUCCACCAUUGUUUUAACCACUCCAUAUACCAUAUUAAAGCAAUAGCAAGUGUGUCUAGUAGACCUAGAGUCCGUUUCAAACGAACCCCAAAACAAGAAUGUCAGUUGGAUUACUGAACAAAACAAAUAGAAAGUCAACUGAGGACAAACUUCAAAGCUGUUUUGCCUUCCACCGAACUGAUUGUAUCUGUGUAGAGUAAUCUGCACUCUACAACUUCUCUAAAGUCACCAGUAGGCCAUCUGCAUAGACCAAUGGUACUAACUCAGUCUACUACUGCUACUACUGCACUGUUAAUGGACUUCAAGAAAAAACAAUGACUUGAUUGGCUGCUUUUAAUUAAAUGUGUUUUCUCUCUCUCUGCAGACCCAGUCCCUGGAGCUUGUAAUCUGGAGUUUGACCUGGACAUUGACCCAAAUAUCUAUCUCCACUACAACCUUUUUGAGACUACUAUCCGCUUUGCACCUGCAAAUAUUGGAUAUUCAAGGUAACAACACACUAGAGGGUUUAUGGAUUUAACCACUUGGAUUUAACCACUUCUGUCUCACUGCAAACACAUAUGAGGCAGGGCACUCUCUGCAUAUGUUUUGGUUUAUACAUUUUAAAGUAAACCCUGGUGAAAAGCCAACAAUUAGUCAAAGAAAUAGUCCUGUGACUGAAAGACAAAGCAAUCUUAUGAGUGCACUAUGUGCUGUCUUACAUUAGUGUGUUUUUCAUUGUUGUGGAAGCAGAGUAAGAAAUGUCUUAAUGGCAGGGCUCUGGCUAGGAAUGUGCUUUAGUGGAGAGAAGAGCUGGCGAGGUACACUGAGUGGAACCCAACCUCUUCAGCAUUUUGGGAUAGGGAAAUCAUUGAUAUUUCUUUAUGGAAAUAAAUAAAAUACUUUGUUGCUAUUAAUCAGGCUAUGGUGAGAUGAUGAUCAUAGGAGUUGCCAAUAUGGCACAAACCGAUCUAGUGACCAGGCUAUGGGAAGUGCUGUCUUUUAGUAUUUCCACAUACAGUACCUACUCGCAUUACGUGGACCACAGAGAGGAAACACACACACACAAUCUUCCUGUUGUGCAUCAAGCAGCUUCAAUGUUACAUUGGCCUGUGGUCUGUUGACAGAACUGUAUCUGAAUUUACCUAGAAGAAAAAGAAACUAAGAUUUCGAAUAGCAGUGAUUCAAAAAGCAAAAGACCAAAGAGGUCUGGGGAGGUCUGUGGCGAAACCAAAAAGAGUCACAAAGAUUUUGAAAGAUUUUGAAUAAGAUAAAAGUGAUGGAGACACUUGUUUUGCGUAGUCUCUAAAUUGUAAUUUUUUUAAAGGAUACUACUGCCCUUUCUGUUGCAUUUUCAUAUUGCUGUAUUAUUAUAAUUAUUUGUGACGGCUCUUCUGAGCCAUCUUAUUUAAUUGUGAAAAAUAUUUUAAUUUUUUUAAAGUAAAAAAAUCUACAACAUUUCUGUUUAAAGCUAGAAUCCUUAAUGGUGAAACAGCCAUGUCCGUUUAGGAUAUUACAACAACAAAGAAGUUACUGUAAACAACGAACACUGUUUUUCCCCUCUGACAUCAUUGCACACGCGAUAGAACAGCAAAAUAUGUACAGCAAUUAUUUUUACCAUGCUGCCGGACGCUUCUCUGCUCUGUUUUCAUCAACUAAACAAUAACAAAGUCACUGGGGCGAACAGUGGCGCAGUUUCCCCAAAUGCGCAAUUCGUACUUUAAAGCAAACUUUCAGAAUCCAUUGUGAACUGACCUCUGUUGGCACCUCCUCAGAGGCUCCAAUCCGCCCGCCUGUGACACUGAAGUGGGUGAAAACACUCGCUGGCGCCUGAGGUACGACAUCUACCAGUACUUCCUGCCUGAGAGCGACCUAUCAGAGCAGAGCCUCAUCACCAGCAUCCAGAGUGUGGCCAACGUCCAGACCAUGACAGAGCAUGGGAAAAGGGUGAGCUGAUGACAGCGUGAAUGUAGUGCAAAAUGGAUAUGUAUAAAAAUACAGAUUGGGAUCGUAGACUGUAAACUUGCUGGUUGUGGUGUAAUGGUAUGGUGAGCUUUUCUCCUUUUUUUCUCCCUGUAGCUCAUGACACUUUCGUCCAAUGAUAAGACGGAGGUAGUGUUUAGCUCCAUCCCGGGCCAGGGUGUAAUCUACUCUGUCAUAGUCAGAGACCCAGUGAUUAACACCUCUUCCUCGUAUAUCCCUGUCCACACCUACGCCUGCAGCUUCGCCUCCACCCUGGAUGGCUGCGACACUCUGGGUAAGUGGGACAACCAGCACAGGGCCAAAAGGGUAUUUUUGCAGGGAAACAUCAGUCAAUAUACACUACAUGACCAAAAGUAUGUGGACACCUGCUCGUUGAACAUCUCAUUCCAAAAUCAUGGGCAUUAAUAUGGAGUUGGUCCCCCCUUUGCUGCUAUAACAGCCUCUACUCUUCUGGGAAGGCUUUCCACUAGAUGUUGGAACAUUGCUGCGGUUACUUGCUUCCAUUCAGCCACAAGAGCAUUAGUGAGGUCGGGCACUGAUGUUUGGAGAUUAGGCAUGGCUGCAGUCAGCAUACCAAUUUAUCCUAAAGGUGUUUGAUGGGGUUGAGGUCAGGGCUCUGUGCAGGCCAGUCAAGUUCUUCCACACCGAUCUCGACAAACCAUUUCUGUAUGGACCUCGCUUUGUGCAUGGGGGCAUUGUCAUGCUGAAACAGGAAAGGCCUUCCCCAAACUGUUGCCACAAAGUUGGAAGCACAGAAUCGUCUAGAAUGUCAUUGUAUGCUGUAGCGUUAAGAUUUCCCUUCACUGGAACUAAGGGGCCUAGCCCAAACCAUGAAAAACAGCCCCAGACCAUUAUUCCUCGAUUCGCCAAACCCAGAUUCGUCCGUCGGACUGCCAGAUAGCGAAGUGUGAUUCAUCACUCCAGAAAACGCGUUUCCACUGCUCUGGAGUCCAAUGGCGGCGAGCUUUACACCACUCCAGCCGACGCUUGGCAUUGCACAUGGUGAACUUAGGCUUGUGUGCGGCUGCUCGGCCAUGGAAACCCAUUUCAUGAAGCUCCCGACGAACAGUUAUUGUGCUGACGUUGCUUCCAGAGGCAGUUUGGAACUCAGUAGUGAGUGUUGCAACCGAGGACAGACGAUUUUUACGCGCUUCAGCGCUCGGUGGUCCCGUUCUGUGAGCUUGUGUGGCCUACCACUUUGCGUCUGAGCCGUUGUUGCUCCUAGACAUUUCUACUUAACAAUAACAGCACUUACAGUUGACUGGGGCAGCUCUAGCAGGGCAGAAAUUUGACGAACUGACUUGUUGGAAAGGUGGCAUCCUAUGACGGUGCCAUGUUGAAAGUCACAAGCUCUUCAGUAAGGCCAUUCUACUGUCAAUGUUUGUCUAUGGAGAUUGCAUGGCUGUGUGCUCGAUUUAAUACACCUGUCAGCAACGGGUGUGGCUGAAAUAGCCAAAUCCACUAAUUUGAAGGGGUCCACAUACUUUUGUAUAUAUAGUGUGUCUAUAAUGGAGACAUAUCUGAGUAUUCCUGUCUGAUUUCCUGGGACCUUAUUCAACUAAACUUUCUGUUGAGUGGAAGGAGAGUAUAAUGUCAUUCUACACAGAAGACAUUUACUGUACUGCAAUCGUUCUGGCUGAGACCUUCAGGGCUAUUUGCGUGGAAAUCUUCUGGAAUGCACCUUGAAGGACAGUGUGCAUUUCAGACCAGGGAAGAUCAACACCAGUCCCCUAGGAAUAUGUUGUCAGCUGAUUUCAGUCUCUAUUUUGAUUAGUAGCUGACUUAUGAACCCAUAUGUCAACUCUAGUCAACAGUAACAAACUGUAAUGGAGCAAUUUCAUAGCAGGAGGAAAAAGACAAACCGUCGACACAGGGUCUGCUGCUCUUAUUAGACCAACAACAAGUUAGACCAACUAUGGGGAAAGACAGAAUGACUAAAGGCUGAUGUACUUUAUUUUCUUCUAGGGAAGAUAUCCACAAUGAUCUUCUUCACCAUCGUUGGUUUAGCUGGCCUCUUCGUGUGCUUCUUUGGGCACCACUUCUUCAAAUGUGGUGAGUAACCAAGGGAAACAAGUGUUGACUUACCGACUUUUCCACUACAUCACUGGAAGAUACGUUUGGGAAGUCCAGGACUUUUCCUCCCCAUAGAACACCAGUAAUAAAUAGCUGCUUUAUCCCAGCUAUUUAUGGUGUGUUAAAGUCCAACUCUCAUUCAAAGUUCAUGCCAGCCAGCUAAUGGAAAUAUGGGCUGGAGGUUAAAGGUCUUGUUGUAAACUGUUGCUCCCACAUAAUGGGCAAAAAUAAUUUGAAAGAAAAAUAAUAAAUAGACUGUUCGCUGGUCAUGUUUUUAGACCAGUACCAGGUUUAAUCUGGGUCUGGGAAACCAGUCCUAGAUGUCAUGCUAGAGUCUUUACUGUGUUGCUUCUCCCGUAUUAAACUUUCCUCCCUUGUUCCCCUCUCUAUCUUCCUCUCUCUUAGAGCUAUUCUGUAUGGGCUUUGGCUUCGCAGCGUUUUUCUUUUUUAUCUUGAUCACAAGAACUACAAAACUGGACUAUGACAGUAAGUUCAAGUGAUUUCAAAUGAAGAUAAGAAGAUUGUUGACAUUGUCUUAUCUAAUGUACUUGCCUUUUUUGGCAGCCAGGUUGAUAAGGAUAUUAAUUAUGUUGUUUUUUAUUUGGUCAUAUGCUUGUUCAGUUAUCUCUGUACUCCCUCUGUAGUUUUUAAUGCGUCUCCAAAGCAUACAGUAUUUUGGAAUGAAAUUAGCCAUACAAACUGGCUUUGCUUCCAGCCAAAUUGCAUUAAUCGGCAUAGGUCUCUCAUUAGUGCGAAUUAGAUAGUCAUGCCAUAUCAAUAUGAUUUCCCCAAAAACAUUAUCCAAUUUUAAUUUGGAAGCUCCCCAUAUGCAAGGUGAUGUCAGCGUUGGCAUGUAUGUGGAUGCGAGUAUGUGUAAGUCAUGGAGGAUGGCGGUGAGCGUAUGAAUUGAGAAUUACACACCUAACCCUAAUGUGAUGUGGUCAAUGGUGGAGCUGAUGGAUGGAUGCCAGAGAACUCAUCCAGGACGCAAUGGGAAACUUCCCCUGUGCAUAGCACACAGUUCAGUGUGAAACAACACAUUUAUGCAUAGAACAAACAUCUCACUGUAAAAGCACAUGUUCCAGUAAUUAAGUUGGAGCACGGGUUCCAACAUGCUGAAGAGCACAUGCUUUAGUGGAAAGACAGAACAGAAGUGUGUGUGUGUGUGCUUCCUCUCUGCAGUCCGUCUGACCCUGACAGCAGUGAUUGGCGUAGUGGGGGGAGUUAUCCUGGUGAUGAGCUGGUGGCGCUUCGGCUCGGUCAUGUCCUGUGUCAUCGUAGUCGGUCUCAUGCUGGGGUUCCUCAUCUCCUCCACUGUCUUCUUCACGCCUAUCGGUAAAAGAACCAAAAAAACACCUACGUCAGAUUAUUAUUUAUUUUAUUUACAAGUUCAAGCAGGAUAAUGCUCAGUCAGAUUAAUGUUGUAUGACACAGAAAGUAUUGUAGCAACGUGGUAAAGAAGUUAUCAUCACCACUUCCUCAGGUGACAUGGAGGUGUUCCGUUCAAAUGUGGUGUUCUGGGUGACGUUCAGCUGCAUCGUGGUCGUGGUACCGCUCUUCUUUGUGCGCUGGCCAAGAGAGGUAGGCCCUGAUCCCCACCCUUCUGCACUUUCUUUACAGUGGCUGUCCAAUUCUACGUCAUAGUCCCCUCCCACUUUAAACUCAAGAAGGGCUUAGAACUUUCAACGCUUUGGGAGGACAAAUGUGGAAAUGGAGCCUCUGGGUAAUAUUGCUGUGUGGGUGUUGUCUUUCUGCAGGGUAACAUCACUACGUGUGGUGUCGCUGGAGCCUAUGCUGUGGUGCUGGCUGUGAAUGCUUACAUCUAUAUCAGCCUCUCGUACAUCACCCUUAACAUCCUCAAGCGCUUCCUCAACGACAACUUCAGCAAGGCCUUUACUGAUGUGCCUUUCCAGGACAUCGGUGAGUAAAAUCAUUUCUUUCUUUUUUCAAAACCUGAUUCUGACCUUUCACCCUAACAUCCUUUUUGUCCUCUCUCAUUCUUGGUCUUCCAGAUUUCAUCAUGAUCACAGUGUGGGUGGUUCUGGGUGUGUCUGGUAUCGUGCUACAGUUCUACCGGGAACGCACACGGCCCUUCUUCCCCCCCAGCCCUUACCUCAUGUGGCUGCAAGAGCGGGAGCGCCGCAAGACAAACGUUCUGGACCCAAGCCACCACACAUCCUCACUCCCUUCCCGUCUCCUCGCCCGUGCCCGACAGCUGACUAGCUGGAGAGAGUCCGCUGGUGAGCGCACACCCCUCCUCCUU